UCCAUGAUUACAUCACUGUUGGAACUGGUGGAUGUUAGACACACUACACUCCUAUACCUUCCUUCUUUCCGCUUGAGGACAUAUUUGUCCACUCCAUCACCUUCACCUCUAGCUUCCUCAGCAAGGAACUUGCCAUCUUGGAGGUAUGUUUGGGCUUCUUAUCUUGUUGAAAAAUUGCCAUGCGGCCAACAGUACAUAAUGGAAUUCAUGUUUUGCGCUCAGUGAACCGAAACCCACCAGUGCUGUACCAUUACUCUUGCUACUAGCUUGUGUUGAAUUGACAUUAAUGGUUGUGCGUUGACCCAUUUUGAGUGGUUAGUAAGUCUGCCAUUUAGGCUAUAAACCAACUACUCUAAAACAUGUCCAUGUUUAAUUUCUACAAUGUGGUCCCUUGAGAAGAUAUGCUGUAAAAAUAUGGUUGCUUAAAUGUGAAAGUUUUGUGAGAGAUUGUAACUAGUUUCUAUGCAUUACACAUUUGCAGAGCAACACUAUCAAUACCAGCCCACAACUGUUCAGUUAGCGUUGAAAAAGAAAUCAAGCGUCUUACCAAACUCAUCAGCUUCUCUCGCUUGCUUCCAUCUAAAAGGAACAUUAAAUAUUCUUGUUUUUCAUCAGAGCACAAGUAGUAUUGUCGUCAUUUGGGAGGCGGUCUGAGUCACUGCAGUGGACAAAGAUAUGUAACCCCCCUGAGCUACUGACCCAAAAAUAGACCUGUGUUUUGGUGGCAAACAUACAGUCAGGGUUGGAGGGUUUGAGUGCCAAAAGGGGAGAAUAGCUUUUUUAAAGCAUUUGUCCACAAAUUAUAUUCGUUAUGAAACUAGCAAACAUUAUUUAUGAAAUAACCACCUUAAUGUGAGUUGUUUGUAUCCCAUGCACACAGCUUUGGAAUGAUUAUAAUGACUGGCUCUCUGUUAGGACUCAGAUUUCAUGAGUGCAUUUUAUUAAAGAGCCAGUACACAGUAUGCCCACAUGUUCACCAAAACAGAGCUUGCAUUAGUUUUUUCUAACAGAUCGGUACAUGUUAUAUUAUGUUUUGAGUCGCGUGCUGCAUGUUGUUGGACACCAUCUGCCCUUUCCUGGAGAGGCCCUCUAUUAAUACUUGACCACAGUGGUUUGAACCUGAAGAUGACAUUGCACGGUUCAUUAGUCUUAGUUUUGCUUUUGAAUGGAAAACAAGCAGGAUGCAUAAACACCUGUCAAACAACCAUUAAAACCCAACUCGAGUUAAUUAUUUCCCUUUUUUGGACCAUAAUUUUAUGCUUUGUUUAUUAUUAUCGUGUCACUGUGAUUACUAGUCUAACUGUUCUGCCUACAACAUCCUAUUCAGGGUUAACCAUUAGGCACCCUGAUAUACAUACACCAAUAAAGAUCCAAUUUUCAGUUGACACUUUAGAAGUAUAAAGGAACGCUUAGAACUAUCUUGUAAAUACGGCAUAAUGGACUCAAGAUACAGACAUGGCAAAUACAGUAUUGACAGGGAAGUACUGGAUGAGCAGAGACUGGAGGAGUUAACACAAAGAAAACCAUAUGCUGACACUCAACUGUCUGUGUUUGACCAGCUAAAAGAUUCCAUGAGGUGUACUCUACCCAGACUGAAAAGAGGUGUGUUGAGCACCUUUCCUGUGUUGUAUUGGCUGCCCAAAUACUCAAUCUGGGAUUAUGGCAUGCCAGAUCUCAUCUCUGGUAUUAGUGUGGGAAUAAUGCAUCUACCACAAGGUAUGGCGUAUGCAUUAUUGGCUUCCCUGCCUCCUGUGUUUGGCCUCUACACUUCCCUCUACCCAGCUCUAGUUUAUUUCUUUUUCGGAACGUCACGUCAUAUUUCCAUAGGUACAUUUGCUGUGCUCAGCAUCAUGGUAGGCAGUGUGACCGAGAGACUUGCUCCAGAUAUUGCUUUCCUUCAAAUGAAUGGGACAAAUAUCACUAUUGAGGUGGACAUAUCUGCACGGGACUCAUACAGGCUGCAGGUGGCGGCUGCUACUACUGUUCUGGCAGGACUUAUUCAGGUUGUGCUGGGUUUUGUGAAGUUUGGUUUUGUGGGAAUGUACUUCUCUGAACCGCUGGUGCGGGCAUACACAACAGCUGCUGCAGCCCAUGCAGUGGCGUCUCAGCUGAAAUACAUCUUUGGAGUGUCGCCAACACGCUUUAAUGGGCCCCUUUCGCUGGUGUAUACCUUAAAGGAUGUUUGCCUCUUGCUGCCACAGACCCAUCUCCCCACGCUGGCCGUCAGCGCCGUGUCCAUGGUUUUUCUGAUUGCGGCAAAAGAGCUCAACUCUUUUCUGAGCCCAAAGCUGCCAGUUCCCAUCCCAGUGGAGCUCAUCACAAUUGUGGCAGCAACUUUGAUAUCAAACUAUGGUCACUUGAACAGUAACUACACGGUCCCAGUUGUAGGGGAAAUUCCGAAUGGCCUGAGUGCACCCAGAGUGCCAGACGUUAGCCUUUUUAGUGAAGUUAUUGGUGAUGCGUUUGCACUGGCCCUCGUUGCCUAUGCCAUAUCCAUUUCACUCGGAAAAACAUUUGCAGUCAAGCACGGAUACACAGUGGAUAGCAACCAGGAGCUGGUGGCCCUGGGUCUUAGCAAUACGGUGGGGGGCUUCUUCCAGUGCUACGCUGUAUGUGCCUCCAUGUCUCGGAGUCUCAUUCAGGAGAGCACCGGUGGGAAAACACAAAUGGCUGGAAUAGCAUCAGCUGCAAUUGUGUUGGUAACGAUAUUGAAACUUGGCCCCCUUUUCCAGGAGCUUCCAAAGGCUGUCUUGGCAUCUAUUGUCUUUGUAAAUCUGAAGGGUAUGUUCAAGCAGUACUCGGACGUUGUUACUCUCUGGAGGAGCAACAAAACCGAUUUGGUGUUGUGGCUGGUCACAUGGGUGUCCACUCUGCUCUUUAAUUUGGAUCUGGGCCUUGCAGCAUCCCUCAUGUUUGCUUUGCUUACUGUGAUCUUCAGGACGCAGUUGCCAACAUACUCCAUCCUGGGAAACGUUGACGGUUCAGAGCUGUAUGUGGAUAUAGAGACACAUAAAGAGGCAAGAGAGAUUCCAGGUGUUAUGAUAUUCCGCUCAUCUGCUACGGUAUAUUUUGCUAAUGCCGAGCUCUACUUAGGGGCUUUGAAAGAAAAGAGUGGGCUAAACAUCGGCAAAAUGAUUAUCUAUAAGAGGAGACAGGAGGCCAAAGAGAAGCGUAGACAAAAGAGAGCAGAAAGACGGGCAAAGAGACAAGCCAAGAGAGAGAGAUGUGCUGAGCAAGCAACAGUGUUCUCUGUGGAGGAAGAAGCCAAGACGAGAGGGCGCACAGAGAAGGAUGAACAGAACUGGGCCGAGCGAGAAAAUGGCACAGUGUUUGUAAAACCCACUACAUUAGACGAUCAGUGUAGAUGGGAAUAUUUGAAAGGAAUAGAGCCAGACAGCACCAGUUUAGGGUGGAUGUCCGUGCAGAUUGACAGGGAUGCCACCACUCUGGGCUCCAGCAGUGAAGACACGCUGAGUCGGGACCUGGAGCGAAUCUCUCUCGGGUCUCUGGGUAAAUGGUCCUGGGACAUCCACUCCAUCAUUCUUGACCUCUCCACGGCUAAUUUCAUCGACACUGUGGCCAUCAAGACCAUGAAAAAUAUUUUUCAAGACUUCAGUGAGAUCGAUGUUGAUGUCUACCUGGCAGGUUGUCAGGCUUCUGUGGUCCAACAACUAGAGCUUGGCCACUUUUUCUCAGAAUCGAUAACAAAGAGGCAUCUCUUUGCAUCUGUGCAUGACGCCGUACUCUUCUGUCUGGACCAUCGUGGAGCAUCCUUAUUCGGCAGAUACGAGCGAUCACUGGAUAUGGACGGAAGCACCAAACUUUAGGACGUGCAGAAGGUGGAAAAGACCUCCUAAUAUCUGAUGCAACAUUUAGUGCAAGUAUUUGCACGUUUAUUAAACUAAUGCAACACACACCGUAUGGAGCAUACAUCCAUGCGCUUUGAUAAUGUCACUGAUAAAUUCCAAACAAGACACAGAAGGUUGAUUGAACUUUAUUACAUGUGGGAAAUAAGAGAACGUUAGAAAAACAAAACAUGUCUAAAAUAGAACAUCUCAAUACCUACUGUAGUGUACUACAAUCAAAAAUAAAGGAUUCAAGGAGCGAAGACAAGGCAACAUGCGUCACACUGACUGUGUGUCCUUUUUUUUUUGGUCAUUGAAGCAAUAACAAGUUGUACUAAAAUUGUUUAAUUAGCAAUCUCAUUUAAGUGCAAUUUUUCAGAGCUAGUAUUGCUACUUCAUGCAAAAUGAAUUAUUUGUAUUUUUUGGCUCUCCUUUGGAUGAGUUUAUUUAGUGCAACAUUCCUAAAAGGGGAAGUUAAACUGUACAAGGUAGAUUAAUCAAAUCACAGGAUAAAAAUACCCAAGCAAAAUUUGACAAAAGUGCCUCAGAAGUUGCAUAUAAACCCACUGUGACCUCAUUCCCUGAACAAAUGGUGCCUGCUGCCACACAGGGGGGUCCCAAAUGUAUUGUGCGUGGGAGGGGUGUGAUGUGCUACAACUCUUGAUGGAUGUCGAAAUGCAAUGUUAGGCCAUCCUCAUCCUCAUCCUCUGGCUGUUGGGACACCAGCUGUUGGUAGCGAGCCUGGCGCUGGUAAUCAGGAUCAAUGUUGAUCCAUUUAUUGGCGACCCACUUUGUGCCUUGGGUGACCACGCAGCCCCCGUGCAGAGCGUACUCAUCCUGCUCUCCGACCCAUCCUGCAGGGGUGGAAAAAACUAUUUUGCACUUUUGCUUGUAAAUGCAUAGGCUCACUUGCCAAAUAUUUUGGCACACCAGCACACAUCUUAAAUGUCAGUGUGGACAUGUUUGUACUUUUCCACACAAUGAGAUGUGUUUCUAUAGACAAUCAUCAUAAUAAUAAUAACAAAUAGGGGUGUCCCGAUACAAUUCUUUCAAUACCAAUAUUGAUUGGAUCAGCACAAAUCAUACAUACCUGUAUUAUUAUAGUGUUAAAUGUUAGAAAGGGUUUGAUCAAAUGAAAUUAGUCAAACAGUAACAAUAGUAGGAAUGAAAAACACUAACCUAUUUAUUAUUAUGUGUCUGGAAUAAUAUUAUAUGCUCUUUAAGUUGAAGUGGCGUAGUAAUUGUGUUUGGAUGACACCUAAUGGUCACACUAAUUAAGUUAAGCUUAUGACGCAGCAAGUUAAAAGAUGCAGACACGUUUGUUACUGGAUAUUUCCUAAUACAGUUCUGCCUUGGAUACUUUGUAUGUGUAAGUAAUAUGCAACUAUGAUAAUUUUAUACUUGUUUAUAUUGACAAAUGUGCUGUUUUUGAAGGGCACUUAUUACCUAUGUCUAGCUUGUGUGGUAUUGUGUGCUUAGCUGUUGUGUAGCUGCUAGCUCCUAGUAGCCUAUAUAAAACAGAAGAAACGACCAACCUUGUGUGCUUGGAGGACAUUUAGAUGUUAACUGGCUGUCCAGCUUUGUACAAGUAAACACGUGGAGAUUUUAGAUGCAAGCCAAUAUAAUCUGAUAUGAAUAUUGGAUCAGGACACCCCUAGCAAAUAUAUUACGUAGUAAUAUUUUUACACUUUCAAAAGCCAAUCUAUUAAAAAUACUUCAACCUGAAAUGUGUUUAUCCAAUACUAAUUACAUUUUGGGGAGUUUUACAAACCAUUUCAGGAGCAAGGCAAUCUUGGAGGAAAAAGCAAAAGUUGUGAAAUGGUACUGCAUGAUUUUAAUACUGAAAAGAACAUGACACUUUUAAAUCCAAUUGAAAACUAAAUAUAAAUGAUUGUAUCAGUUUGUUAAGCUCAAUGGGGGAUUAAAAAUGACAUUUUCAAUAAAAUGUUUUUGUAUGUGUUGCUUUUGUGUAGUUUUGUCAUGUUUUGUCAAUGGAAAUAAUUUUAAACAUGAAAUAAAAAAAACCUU